AAGGACACCUGCCAAAAAUGGCAGGAACGAAAGAAGAACCUGUCUUCCUUAGAGAAAAGUCGCCAGAUGAUGGCCCACAGUCACCUACAAUGUUACCAUGGGACAGAUUUUCAAAUUGGUUAUAUUGCGCUUGUGUUGUUACAUUUGAUCUGGAAUUGGGUCAGGCCAUGGAGCUUAUUUAUCCAAGUCAUGUCAAGUUAACAGAUGCUGAGAAAGCCAACAUCUGUUACCUGUCUUUUCCAGAUUCUAAUUCAGGUUGUAUGGGAGAUACCCAGUUUAAUUUUAGAAUACGUCAGUCUCCUGGCAGAAAACCAGGCAACAAAUCGUUUAUUUCAAUCAACAAAGAAUUGCCAGUUUCUAUACAGGGUGACAAUGCUCAUUACUGUGGGUUUGUGUACUUCCGUCAGACUAAAGACAAGUCAAUUAGAAGAGGAUAUUUUCAGAAGUCGGUUGUAUUGAUAUCCAGAUUUCCAUUUGUUGCCUUAUUUUCCGAGCUCAUAUCAAUAUUAGCACCAGAAUACUUUGACAAUGGUGAACCAAGUUUAGAAGCCGCUUGUCAUGACAUAGAUCAAUGGCCUGCUCCAUGCUCUGGUGAAACUGUCAAUCUGCCUAUAUUUGGGACAGUCUUACAGGUACGAAUACCUUCUAGAUCUGAUAAAGUUCUAGGUCAAGUUACAAAUAAAUCUCCUGUUGUGCCAAUGAUACCUGCCCAUGUGAUUCUACCUUCUCUGUGUGAAGUUGAUAUAUUUAGUGGCUUCCAGUCAAUUCUACCUCAUAUACAAAUGAUGUGGGAAUUAGUACUAACAGGGGAGCCUUUAGUUGCGAUGGCUGCCUCGCCAUCAGUUACAUCCUCAACAGUUCAAGCACUUAUAAGUCUCAUUAGUCCACUGAAAUAUUGUUCUGAUUACCGACCAUACUUCACAAUUCAUGACAGCGAAUUUAAAGAGUAUACAACGAAAACACAAGCACCACCAUCAGUCAUAUUAGGAGUCACAAAUCCAUUUUUUGCCAAAACCUUACAGCACUGGCCACAUAUCAUCAGAAUUGGUGAAAUGAUGACUCAAACACCAAAAGGCUUCAAUAAAUUGAAAAAAGCAAGUAGUUUGAAGACAUUAGAUUCUAAACCAGGUGUUUAUACAAGGUAUAAACCAUUUUUGAAUAAAGACAAGGCAAUAUUAAAGAGAUUGAUUAAGGGUAUUCAGACAAAGAGACCAGUUGAAGCACAGAAUGCUAUAUUAAGAAGAUAUUUCUUAGAAAUUACACAAAGUUUUAUUAUACCAUUGGAACGGUACAUGGCAAGUUUGAUGCCAUUGCAGAGAAAUAUAUCUCCACAUAAAAGUCCUCCAGUUUUAAGACCAUUUGAUAUAGAAGAAUUCUUGAAAACAGUAGAGCAUUCUGGUCCCCAGCUGACAUCAGGAAUUAAGGGAGAUUGGCAGGGACUGUAUCAAAGAUUCUUUAGAAGUAGUAAUUUUGAAGGAUGGUACAAGUUCAGACAACAUGAAGUCAACCAAAAAUUACAAGUGCUGCAUUUAGAGGCUAUUUGUGAAGCUAAUUUGUUGGAUUGGAUACAAGACAAACAGGAAGUUGAAAUUGUAGAUCUGAUCCUGAGGAUUCGUGAAAAAUUGACAUUUGCUACAAACAACAACUUAGUUGUGAAUACUGAGAAUGUAAACAAACUUCAGAAACAUUUACAAGGCAUUAUAACAUCAUUGCCUGAAGAUCUUCAGUCUGUACUCAAAAGCUGAUAUAUAUUUAUGUCAUGUCACAUGUCCUAUCACAUGAUAUUGUAGUCUGUAUCAUAGUGAAUACACAGAAAUUACCAGCUAGAUGGAAGUCUUCUGGACAAAGAGUGUUGCAAGGUUUUAUAUCAUCUACAUAAAGUUGAUUCAUAUUAAUUAAAGAUGUUGGAUGAAAUAGGCCAGCAAAAUUUGAAAAAAAAUUCUACUUUAAUUAGUCCAAUAUUUGUGUAUUUUUCAAUGCAUUAGGUCUGGGUUGCAUGUGAAAAUAAAAUAUGGUACAGUGAGAUUAGAAGAAAGCUCAUAAGUAAUGGUGAAAGAGAAAAAUGGUAAUUGAAUGUUCUGUAGUUGUAAAUAUAAGAUUGCAAUAAACAGUACAGGUACUGGUAGUCUACAUUAGAUACAUUUUUGUUCUUGAUGAACUUUCAUUGACCUGAAUUUUAUGUUAAUUUUAUUUGGAAAAAAGAUUUUUUAGUUUUAAGGUUGGAUGCAGCCAUGAUCAUGUAGAAAAUUGAAGAUUACAUAUUCCAUUUAUCUGUUAAGAAGUUUGUUUAGUAAAGUUGUGAAUGUCAGUUCUGUGAUUCAUAAUGAUUGAUCUGUUUUUACAAUUCCAUUGCAUUUUAUAGCAUUGGUGCAUCAUGUGUUAACAAGUCAGGCAUCAUAUGAAUUAUAUCACCAUGGUGGUUUGUUGAAUUUGUCAAAUUUCAUUGUAAAAGUGUAAAUCAAAAUUGUCUUAAUUUAUAUAUUUAAAACCAUUAUCAAAGAUACCU